AUGGCUGACUUGCUACAUUGCUUAACGAGAAGGAAAAAAAUUACCCAGGAGGAGAAAACAAACACCGAGUUGUCAAAAUGUCUUACAACAUGGGAUUUGACAUCUCUUGGGAUUGGGGCCACUCUGGGUGCGGGAAUCUAUGUCGUUUCGGGACAAGUUGCCGCAAGUAUUGCGGGACCGGCGGUGAUAAUAUCAUUUGCGUUGGCGGCUGUUACAUCUAUCCUCUCAGGACUGUGUUAUGCUGAAUUCGGCGCGCGUGUACCCAGAACUACUGGCUCGGCUUACGCCUAUAGUUAUAUCACUGUCGGUGAAAUAUGGGCCUUCAUAAUCGGCUGGAAUUUGAUUCUCGAAUACAUGAUCGGUACUGCCGCCGAUGCACGAGCUUUAAGCGCUUGCUUCGAUUAUGUGAUUGGAAAUGUGAUAAGGAAUUUAACGCUGACCUAUAUUGGAGAGAUAAAUACCCCAGGUUUGGGAACCUAUCCUGAUAUCGUAUCUUUCAUCGUCACUAUCAUUGUAACAAUCGUAUUAGCCAUUGGUGUUAAGCAAUCAUCAACGUUCAGUACUAUUUUCAACAUUUUAAAUAUUUUGGUUGUCCUUUUUGUCGUAGUAGCUGGGAUAUUUUUCGUCGAUACGAAAAACUGGACAGAAGGACAAGGUUUUUUCCCGUAUGGAGCCUCGGGAGUGUUAAGUGGAGCAGCGACCUGUUUCUACGCUUAUGUUGGCUUCGAUAUCAUUGCCACGACGGGCGAAGAAGCCAAAAACGCACCUAAAUCUAUACCAGUUGCUAUUGUUGUGUCCCUAUUAGUUAUAUUUGUAUGUUAUUUUGGAGUCUCUGCUGUAAUAACGUUGAUGGUUCCUUUCGAUCAGCUCGACAAACUUUCGCCAAUUCCUAACGCAUUCGUUCAAAGAGGAUUUCCUCUGGCUAAAUACAUCAUUGGUAUAGGCGCUGUUUGUGGCCUAUCCUCAAGUCUUUUAGGCUCUCAGUUUCCUUUGCCUAGGAUCAUUUAUGCCAUGGCGUCAGAUGGAUUGCUCUUUAAAUCGUUGGCGAAGGUGAACCCACGAACUGAGGUUCCUGUGAUUGCCACAGUAUACCCAGGGCUUCUGACAGCUAUAAUUUCGUUGUUGUUUGAUUUAAAUGAGCUAGUUGAAAUGAUGUCCAUUGGGACAUUACUUGCAUACACUCUAGUGUCCCUUUGUGUUUUAAUCCUUCGUUAUCAACCUGAUGCUCCUGAGGUACCUUCGACAUACCUAUUGCACUUUGCCGCCGAACCAGAGCAAGAUGCGUACGAAAAACUUUCUUCACCCGAUUAUAUGACAGACGAAUGGGACUACGAAAUAUCUACAAAUAGAAUGGUACCUACUCCAAAUGCUGCGGACAGCUGUAGGGAGUAUUUAAACAAAGGUUUAUCUGCGGGAGAAUUGACAAAAUCUUACAGAGGAAAUACGAAACAAUUUGUACAAAAUAAACCAAGGAGAGGACCAACGGCACAGAGCUUGCGCAUCGUGCAGUGGGCAGUAACUCUAAUGUUUUUCUCGUUCAUUGGGUUCUGCGCAGCAAUAGUUUAUGGUUUGGAUGCCUUACAAAGACGAAGCUACGUGAUUGUAAUGUUUCUUGUUAUUUUCGGAAUCCUGAUUUUAUUUGCUAUUGUUGUGAUUUGUUUACAACCUCAAAACGCCAAGAAGAUCUCAUUCAGGGCGCCUUUUGUGCCGGCUCUUCCAAUGCUCGCCAUCUUCUUCAACGUGUUUCUGAUGCUGAAACUCUCCCGAUUGACAUGGAUCCGCUUUGGAAUUUGGAUGGGCUUAGGUGGGUACUUUUUAAAAGUUAUAAUGAAUAGUCAUCGAUCAAGCAAUAAUCCUUCGGCCAUCUACUGUUCCGAAUAAGUAUAUGUGCCGAAAUGCGCCGGUAAGGGCGUGCCAACACGUACCAAUAGCAGAUAACCAUCAUGCCACAUAAAUAGGACUAAAUAACGACACCACAUAUUUAAAAUCUCUUGACUGAGAAAGACUAGCAAAGAGCACACUUAGCGUUGUGGUGCUCAUUUUGAUUGGACUUCCGUGGGUCUUUUCAGUAAUAGAUCACAGAGGAUAUCAAUAUGGGGUAAGAGCAUCAAACACUCACGCGCGCGUGGCUGCGAAAAGACGCGCGGCAACAUGGAAUCCAUUUUUUUAAGCAAUCGUGAGUUAGGUAGCCAAUCAGAUUACAGCAACUGUGAUAGAGCACUAGUAUAUUUAUACUAGUAUGGAAGCGUUUGUCAGAUAUGAACUUCUGAUAUGGUUCAGCCCACCAAAGAUCUCUCUGAGGCUCCAUGGUAGAGAACUGGACUACAAAUUCCAAAGGGCUCAGCCGUUGGAUUUCCUCAGUUACUUUUCUUUGUCUCAUGCUCGUGACAGUGAUUAGUACGUUUUUCUUCAUUUGACGACCGAGAAGAGAAUGAACUAUCUUUCUCUUAGUACGUUUAUCUUUUUUUUUCUGUAGUUAAAAUCACGAAGUUCUCCCUUAUCUCUUAAACAGGUGUGCUGUUAUAUUUUGGGUAUAGCAUCUGGAACAGUCGCGAGAGAAAUAGAAUGCUCCAAGGACAAGGAUCAUUUGACAGACAGGUUCUGUUAGCAGAAAACCUUGACAGCAUGGACAUUGAAUAUGAGAUGGAAACAAUUCCAGCUCAUAGGGACGAUGUGGAGGAUUUUCCACCCAGUCCGUUUAAAUGGGACAGCUUGUAACUAUACGGUAAUGGUAAAUAACUUCCCGUCUCCUGAAUGGAGAUUGAUGCUUCUCUUCAUCUGAACAGAAAACUGAAUGAGCCACGAGGAAGUGUUUUGUUGGAAAGGAAAUUAUUUGAGGUCAGAUUGACGGC